AUAGUUUUUUUUUGGUCUAUAAGAUGAUUUUAAAUUGAAAAAAAAAAUCAUCUAUAGAAGAUUGGGACUGAAGAGGACCAUGAGAAGAGGGUUCCUUUAAGCGACAGAUCGUUGAAAUGAACCUCUCAAGCCGAAAGCGAAGCGGGUCCAUCAGCGAUGGACUCGGUCGGAGCAUCUCUUAGAGCCGCCAUAUCACGGUGGGAGUUGGCGGUGUGGCGGCAGUACCAGCACGUGCUAGACAAAUGGACGCCACACGUGGGGCGGCGGUGGGUGGGGUUGUUGGUGGUGGCGUUGAUAUACGCGCUGCGUGUGUACUUGGUGGAAGGGUUCUACUUAGUGUCGUACGGUUUGGGAAUAUACAUCCUCAACCUUCUGAUCGGGUUCCUCUCCCCUCAGGUGGACCCCGAGAUUCUUGACGCAGAGGGCCCCACUCUCCCCUCCUCCGUUAACGACGAGUUUCGUCCAUUCGUUCGCCGCCUCCCGGAGUUCAAGUUCUGGUACUCAAUCACAAAGGCAUUUUGCGUUGCAUUUGUGAUGACUUUCUUUAGUGCGUUUGAUGUUCCUGUGUUCUGGCCAAUACUCCUCUUCUACUGGGUGGUCCUAUUCACGCUUACAAUGAGGAGACAGAUAUCUCACAUGAUUAAGUACAAAUAUCUACCCUUCUCAUCUGGAAAACAGCGUUAUGAUGGAAAGAGAGCAUCACCUGAAAGCCCAAGCCUUUCAGAGGACUGAACUUUUCAGGUUAAUUGAACUUUAUUUGCUUAAAUUAGGCAACAGAUCAACAUGUGGCUUGAUAUUAUUUGCUGUAUAUAUUUGGACAGCUAGAGCAAUAUGAGGAUGUGAUGGGAAGUUGAAGAAAGUUACUCUAAGUCUUAUGUGGACCACGGAUGCCCAAUUCUCAUUUUAGCAAAUGUUUGGACAUUAGGCGUAUUGGAUAUUUUUACACCCUAGUAAAGGAUCCAAAUAAGGAAAAUAUAAUUGGAGCUUCGGAGGGCUCUUUCUUUACUCGAUUCCCUUUCCUGUGUUUGUAUCUCUAUGUAGUUGGGCAAAUGCCUCUGGUUCCUGAAUUAAUCAUCAAAUAACUAGUUUUAUUUU